AUGAAUCAACAGAAUUACCUAUCUAUAUUUACUUUUUAUUUAGCCAUGAACAUGGCGUAUUUGGACUUAAGUAGCGAAGACUCUUGGGACGAAUAUUGCACAGAUAGUGGCGAUUUUGAAGAAUUUUACGAGGAAUUUUAUGAAGCUAAAGAAGAAGAAUUCGAUGAUGAAGACAUGGAUGAGAUGGAUGAAAUGAAAGAAUGGGAAAUGGAUAUGGAGAUGCUAGGAAAGCUAGGAAAGCUAGGCUUCAGUAGGGAAGUUGCUGGGAAAGCCUGGAGCAUGUGUGGCGGCAAUGUGGAGCAUGUGUGGCGGCAAUGUGGAGCAUGUGUGGCGGCAAUGUGGAGCAUGCUCUAA